GAGACCCCCGCCAUGGACACGGACACGGCCGCUCUGUGCCCCCCGGAUGGCCGGGCUCCUUCCCCACAGCUGCAGAAGCCAGCGGCAGAUGCCACCACGCCGAUGGGGCGGGAGAAGCUGCUGGCAGGGCUGGAGCGAGGGCAGGGCGGGCUGCCCCCAGCCCCCGCGGGGCCACGCCGGCGGGGGAGCAUGCCCGUCCCCUACAAGCACCAGCUGCGGAGGGCCCAGGCCGUGGACGAACUGGACUGGCCCCCUCGGGCCUCGCCCUGCGGCUCCUCGGACUCCCUGGGCUCGGCGGAGGGCACCUCAGCCCCGGGGGGCAAUGUCUUCAAGGUGAUGCUGCUGGGCGAGAGCGGCGUGGGCAAGAGCACCCUGGCGGGCACCUUCGGGGGGCUCCAGGGGGACCCCGCGCACGAGCCCGAGAACCCAGAGGAUACCUACGAGCGACGAGUCGUGGUGGAUAUGGAGGAGGUGACGCUGAUGGUCUACGACAUCUGGGAGCAGGGGGAGUCGGGGGGCCGGCUGCGGGAGCACUGCGUGCAGGAGGGAGACGCCUUUCUCAUCGUCUUCUCCGUCACCGACCGGCGCAGCUUCUCCAAGGUGCCCGAGACGCUGCUGCGGCUGCGUGCUGGGCGGCCUCACCACGACCUGCCCGUCAUCCUCGUGGGCAACAAGAGCGACCUGGCCCGCUCGCGCGAGGUCUCCCUCGAAGAGGGCCGCAGCCUGGCGGGCACGCUGAGCUGCAAGCACAUCGAGACGUCGGCCGCCCUGCACCACAACACGUGGGAGCUCUUCGAGGGCGCCGUGCGUCAGAUCCGGCUGCGGCGGGGCCGGGCGGAGAGGCCGGCCGCCACGGGCAGCCCCGAGGGCCCCAGCCUGCUGCCCCGCCGCGAGAGCAUCACCAAGAAGGCCAAGCGCUUCCUGGCCAGCCUGGUGCCCCGCAACGCCAAGAUCUUCAAGCAGCGGUCCAAGUCCUGCCACGACCUCUCCGUGCUCUGAGAGCCCCCGGACCACCACCGCUGUCACCGCCGCCGCCGCCGCCACGCUCUCCUUCUCCCUCCCUCCCCAGCCUGGGCGUCCCCAACUCUCAGGAUGCCCUGGUUCGACCGGCUGGCACAAGGCCCCCGUGGCCUGGGUGACUGCCACGGGAAGUACCGCCCGAGCCCGGGCAGGAGACCCAAGGGCCCCUUGAAGGGCCCCUCCAAGGCAAGGACUGUGGGGGUCUCGUGGGGCAGGAAAGUGCUUGCGAAGUCAUUAACUGUGCCUGUGAAGAGAGUCCCCUAAAACCACGGCCCCCAGAGGCCCUCGUGAUGGACGCCUUUGCAGGAUUUACCUCUUUUGUCCUCAACACGUGUUUUGCCUCCCCUUUAAGAGAUUUCUUAAAGGCAAGGACCUGGAAACCCGUCUUUCCUGAGACUUGACAAGCUGCCUUCUGGACCCCUCUGCCGCACUCCCCACCUCCCCUUCCUUAAAGACGGAGAUCCGGAACCAGUUCUCUAGAGACUUGGAAUUUGCGAUCUGCCACUGCACCUGUCCGCCUCCCCUUUUAAGGCUUUGAAGGUCAAGGCUGGAAAUAGCCCCCCUGCCCGCGGCCAGCCUGGUGGCCCACAGCCUUAGCCCUGCUGAGGGAAAUGCCCAGUUUGGGG